GCCGGCGUUUGUGAGCAUGCGCAGCAUGUAUAUUUCCGGUCUCAACUGAGCCUUUAAGAUAUCUAAAGUGUCUUAUAAUAAGUAUAUCUUGGAAUAUUUAUAUUGCUUACGUUUUCUAACACAUCACAGAUUCAUGCUUACUUUAUUGCUUAACGCCUUUUUCUGCGCAGCAUACUUGUUUCCGAUCAACAGCCAUGACUUCACUAUGCAGGAAAUGUCUCAUUACAGAGACAGAAUAAAGUCUAUGUUUUACCAUGCCUACAACAACUACUUGGAGAAUGCAUAUCCAUAUGAUGAGCUCCGGCCAUUGACAUGUGAUGGACAGGAUACAUGGGGCAGUUUUUCACUUACUCUUAUUGAUGCCCUGGAUACCUUGCUGAUACUAGGGAACCACACAGAGUUUCAACGGGUGGCUGCCCUUUUACAGGACAGUGUGAAUUUUGACAUUGAUGUAAAUGCUUCAGUGUUUGAAACAAACAUACGAGUGGUUGGUGGUCUCCUCUCAGCUCACUUGUUGUCCAAGCAGGCUGGGAUAGCUGUAGAAGAGGGAUGGCCUUGCUCUGGUCCUCUUCUCCGCUUAGCUGAGGAUGCAGCACGCAAACUUCUCCCAGCAUUCCACACACCCACUGGUAUGCCAUAUGGAACAGUGAACCUGCUGAGGGGUGUCAACCCCACUGAAACUCCCAUAACCUGCACAGCUGGUGUUGGCACUUUUAUCCUGGAGUUUUCCACCCUUAGCCAUCUCACUGGUGAUCCUGUGUUUGAAAAUGUGGCUCGAAAGGCUCUCAGUGCCCUCUGGAAAACCCGCUCAGACAUUGGCCUGGUUGGGAACCACAUUGAUGUCAUUACAUCAAAAUGGGUUGCUCAAGAUGCAGGAAUUGGGGCAGGAAUUGAUUCAUACUUUGAGUACUUGUUAAAGGGUGCAAUCAUGCUGCAAGAUGAAGAACUUCUGAACAUGUUUUAUGAGUUUGAUAAGUCCAUAAAGAACUACACAAAAUUUGAUGACUGGUACUUAUGGGUGCAAAUGCAUAAGGGUACAGUUUCCAUGCCUAUAUUUCAAUCUCUGGAGGCAUUCUGGCCUGGUCUGCAGAGUCUUGUGGGGGAUGUAGAGAGUGCGACAAGGACGUUUCAUAACUACUGUACAGUGUGGCGUCAGUUUGGUGGCCUUCCAGAGUUUUACAGCAUUCCACAGGGAUAUACUGUAGACAAGCGAGAAGGAUAUCCUCUACGACCAGAGUUGAUAGAGAGUGCAAUGUACUUGUAUAAGGCCACAGGUAACCCAACAUUUCUCCAGAUAGGACGGGAUGCAAUAGAGUCCAUAGAGAAGAUAAGCCAUGUUAAAUGCGGAUUUGCAAGUGUGAAAGAUGUUAGAGACCACAAGCUGGACAACCGCAUGGAGUCAUUCUUCUUGGCUGAAACUAUUAAGUAUCUUUACUUGCUGUUUGAUCCUGACAAUUUUAUUCACAACACAGGCACAACAUAUGUGCUCGGCGGGGCACAUGGCGACUGCAUUCUGGGGGCCGGGGGUUACAUAUUUAAUACAGAAGCACAUCCAAUUGAUCCGGCUGCUCUGCAUUGUUGUAGUAAGGACCAAGAUGAGCACUUGGAGCUGCAGGACAUCCUCCUGAGAUUAACAGAGCAUGAUAACCCUUCUGAGGAUCAAUCAGUGGAGUCUUUGGAAGACAGAAAUUCAGAAGGAAUAAUAUUAAGCCCUGAAGAGAGAAGAAAUGCAUUUCAGUUCUCCUGCCCAACGCAAAAUUUUAGUGCUCGUUUUGCAGUCAUGGGUCAAGUCUUUUCUGACAACCCAUGAGCAGAAAUUGUUCUAAGAUUAAGAUGCAAACAAUAAAUUUUUUUUUAUAUAUAUAUACACUGAAAAUAUGUAAAACUGUGUGUGGCACACAAACAAAUGUGUGUGGCAAAUGUGUGUAAAAACCUGUCUGAUGUCACCAGGUCUGAAUAAAAAUUCUAAAAUAAGAAUUAAAAUGUAAAUGUAUGAUUAAAGAAAUUAAAUAAU